CGCGGGCUAUAAAAGCGAAUCGCGGCGGCAGAUUGCAAUUCAGACGCGCACAAUCAAGCAAGCAAGUGGCAUUAGCUCCCAACCGGAAACGGAAGUGAGACUGCUGAGUAAACAAAUAUAACUGCGACUAAGAAGCGAGCAAACCCAAGAUUUGCCGGCACAUCUUGCAUAACUUAUAUAAACCAAUUCAUUGCAAAUCCAAACAAGAUGCAAUCCGUGAGCAGACAAACGGCGCGAGUCCUGCCCCAACUGGGCAAGCAAGUGAGCUACCUAUCGACGAGCGGCGCUUGGAGAGCAUCAGCCGGCGGUGGCGGUGGCGACAUGGUGGUCGAGAUCAAGGAGCCAAAAACCCGCACCGAGAAGCUAAUGGCCUUCCAGAAGAAGCUGCGCGCCAAGACGCCGCUGGGCAAGCUGGACGAGUUCUCGCGCCAUCCCUACCAGGAGCAGGAGCCCCUCAAGCCGUGGCCCAACCAGACCAAUCCCUAUACGGGCGAGAUUGGCGGACCCGCCGGACCGGAGCCCACGCGCUACGGCGACUGGGAGCGCAAGGGUCGCGUCUCCGACUUCUAGUGGCCACUGGCCAGAGAAGAGAGUUCCUUGACUAGUACUUAGACUGUUAUUUAAAUGCUACCUAUUAAGACUUAAAACCACAUCAAAAUGUAUACUUGUUUAGUGUAAAGAAAAUACAUGAUAUUCUUAACGUUCACAA